CAAUGUGACGUCAUAAAGACAGCAACAGAUGGUAAAGUGAGAGAAAGAGAAAAAGCUUGAGAUCAGCGACAUGGAUACAUUGUAACUUCGAAAAAUGACUGAACUCACGACCAAACAGGCACCCGGCGUCUGUAAAUAGAGAGAGGGAGAAAUCUGGGCAGAUACUCUCAUUUUGCUGAAAGGGAGCCUGGUGGUCUGCUUCUGGUGUUGGAAGAGGUCGUGAUUGCCAUUAUUUGGCUGCCAAAUGCACAGACACGAGAUGCUGACAGAAAGCAGAAAACGCAGACGCAGUUGUGAUGCUGAGGAGCUCCAGGUCUUGCCUCAGGCAAAGAGGUCUGGAGGUUAUUCCUUCCUACCUGAGGUUAGCCGUGAUGUAUGGGACUCUGAGUCUUCCAGCAGUGACAGCAGUGGCAUCAGCAGUCCAGAGCAGAUGGCAGGAGCCAGCUCCAUCAUCCAGGGCACUGACCAAAGAAGACUCCAUGUUUCCCAGGCUCCCUGCAGCCCUCUUGCCCCCAUCCACUCAGCUGAAGAUCCAGCCAUCUCCUUGAGCCAAAACAACGUCUCAUAUGAUAACAUCAACCGCAUCUUGAGAGAGGCCCACUUCAAUAGCCUGCAAAGUCGUGGUCAACAAGGGCCAACAUGAUUGGCGAUGACUCUUCCAACACCCAUUGUUGGAGCAGUGAACAGGGGACCUUUGAGAGGGACAUUAUGGGCCACUUUAAGGCCUGGCACAAAUAGAGACCCUCUACAUACAUUUGUGUUUAUGUGGGGCUCUAUUUCAUGUGUUCACCAUGAACUUCACAUAGGUGCUAUGUAAAAGAAAUAUCUUGAAAAACAGCAUAUUCUUUUAAGAUUGUAAGCUCCCCCCCCCCCCCGCCCCCUUUACUUUACAAAUAAAUAAAAACACAUGGUGCUACUCAGCUAAUGGUGCAGUUAUGAAAAGUCAUUCUUUGACUCCAUAAGACCAAUGCAUUUAGUUGUUUUGCCACUCUUUGUCAGUUAAGGAAUAUAACUCUAUUAAUUUCCUUUACUUUGAGAGCUGAGUUGAAACUAAACCAUGUGAUUAUAUUUUCAGGCCUGCUUUGGAAGUGUUUAGUCAUUCCAGUUAGAUUACUUAUGCUGUUGUCAUGUGUUUACAGAAGUUCUGGUUUGGUUUUCACUGGAAUUUUGACUUUUUUGGGAAGCUUUUGGGGCUUGAUGAUUGCUUGCAUAUUUAAAACUCAGGUUUAGUGGUGUUCUUUAUGUGCCAUGAAGUGGGGACGUUGUAGCUAUGGUUUAGACUCCAAACAAGGAACCAGGUGCCAGAUCUUUAGAAAUUGGUACUAGGGUAGUCUUACUUUACAAUGACAAAUUAGCAAACAAACAUUUUUGCACACAAUUUGGUAGAAAUAGGCAUUUGGACUAUUCUGAAAUUCAUGAAUGCAUGCUGGAUUAAUGUUCAUAAGGAAGUGCUCUUUAAGAAUUUAAAGAAGGUUAAAGCAAUUAAAAACAUUACAAAUGUGGCAAAAUGAAAGCAAAACAUUAUAGGAAAGAUCCUGAUUUAAUCUUCAACUUUUAGAAUUGGUUAGAGCUUGAAAUAUACUGGUUUAGUUCGGUCACUGGGUUCCCUGUAAUUUGAGGACUUGUUUUCUAUGGGCAGACCAUAGGAAUGCCCUAAAAUUAGCCUGCACCUUAUGUCAAAGCAAAGUCCUAAGAAAUAUUUUACCAUUACAUCUAUACAACCUAAUUUUGCUGGUUUUUAUGCAUUGUUUGACCAAAAUACAAUGGCUUAUAGAAUUUUGGAAUGGUAUAGCUUACAGUUGUAAUGUAGUGCUCUUAAACUUAGUUUGCACAAAUGUAGUCCAGUUGUUUUUAGAUACACCAGUCUAGAACUGUUUCAGUUUCAGCUCAGUUAAAACAGGUUGUAUAAGGACAAUUAGGUCUCGUCUGAGCCAUUCUCGAGAAGGCAAUAUAAUUGUAUAGAACAAACUGAUAUUACCUUCAACUUGUCCGUGCACAAUACCAUUCAACCCAGGCACUGUGCUUUAUAUGUAAGACAAUUAGCUUUUGAUGACUGAUGAUGAUUAUCUCUGCUAUCACCAUUCUGUUUUGUAUGUAGGACUGUACAUAACAUAUAGCUAGCAAAUAUACAAUAUUUGAAUCAUUAUUUUAUGAACUGUUCCUCUAUUGUAAAUGCAAAUAAAAGGUUCUUUUUUUAAUAUACA